AUGACCUCCGGUACUGAAAUGACCACCACCACCCCCCAAAACCAAAUCCAAAACCAAAACCACACAAUCCGUCCACGGCCACCGCCACCAUUAAACUACCACCCACGCCACAACCAACGCUACUAUCCAAACUCUUCCUCCUCCUCUUCCUCCGCCUCAAUCAAAGGCUGUUGCUGCUGCCUUUUCCUCCUCUUCUCCUUCCUCGCCCUUCUCGUCAUCGCCGUCGUCCUCGUCAUCUUCCUCGCCGUCAAACCCAAAAAACCCGAAUUCAAUCUCCAACAAGUCGGUGUCCAAUACAUCAGCCUCUCAGCAGCAAAUCCUCCUUCGGCCACCGUCAAUUCUCCGAACUCCGCCUCUAUAUCCCUUGCCAUUCGCAUGAUGUUCACCGCCAAAAAUGACAACAAGGUCGGGAUCAAGUACGAGGAGUCGACAUUCAAUAUCAUGUACCAUGGUAUUCCGUUGGGUCGGGGCACCGUUCCCGGAUUUUUCCAACCUGCUCACAGCAUCCGAGAGGUGCAGACGACGGUGACGGUGGAUCGAGUGAAUCUGUUGCAGACGGAUGCUGCUGAUUUGGUUAGAGACGCGUCGCUUAAUGACCGGGUCGAACUUCGGAUCAUGGGUGAUGUAAGGGCCAAGAUUCGGAUCAUUGGGUUAACUUCACCCGCUGUGCAGCCCAUGUCCCACGUACCUUUUGCUAAUCAUGCACUCCUUCAGAGAAAGCCUCAUUAG